AUGGACCUUGAUGCCAUCCAGUACUUGGCCAAGGCCAAGAAGAACCGAGACUCUGGAGCUUUGCAGUCAGCCUUCAAUGUAUUGGAAGUGAUGACAGCAGCUGGAAGCCCAGAAGGAGCACGCGGCUUUGACCCACAUUUGUAUGUAUUCUGUGGGGAAGAAGCACUGCAGCUGGGCUGUUUAGAGAUAAGCGCGGCAUGCCUAAAGAAGUUCUUUGAGCGCAACCCACCAGCUGAUCAAUAUUUAUGUCGAGCCUUGAUCUGCCAAGGCCAGCUGAAGUGUCCCCCGGCCACAGGGAGCAUGGAAGACUUUCAGGAGAAUGUGCAGUGUUUUCUGAAAGCAAUUGAAAUUGCAAAGAGAGAGAAAAGAUCUCAUUACAUUGUGUUCAAUGCGUCAGUGCUGUAUCUCCAGAUGGUACGUCCUCUCCUGCAGCCAGGGCGGUGUCGCCACCUGAUUGCCUCCCUCAGGCAGGUGGUCAAAAGUCUGGAUGCGGUGGCUGACAAGAACCACAGCUGGAGGGCAGAACUCAUGAUACACCUAAUUGACUGUCUUUUGGACUCGGGGAGAACAGACGAUGCUGGAAGUUAUGCUCGAGUUACAGAGGAAUUCAUCAGGAAACACUGUCCAGAUCUUUAUCCAAAAGUCUUUCGUUUACAGGUGUGGCAUAACCUAUCAAAAAAGGAAGUUCUUCUUAAAAAGAGCCGGCAGUCAACUACCUUAGCUGUCAUUUACAAAAUGCUACAAUUUAAAAGGUUGUUGGGAGAAAUAAAGGAAGAUGAGGUUGUAAAAAAGGAUUCAAACGAGCUAGAGGAGAUUUUUAGUCUUCUCGGGGAUUCCGCAAAAGCAUCUCUUCGGCAGCCCAUCGAGCCAUCUAGCAGAGUGUCCUUCCUCAUAGAGCUGGCUUUGCUGGCCUUGCAAGGGAAGAAUCAGAAAGUGGCAGCCAAAUGCUUAAAAAAGCUACACUCAGCAGGGGAGACUAGUAUCGGUGAACAAAUAAUAAUGGAGUGUGUCAACUGUGAAAUAAACCUCCAGAAGAAAGAGACAAAGAUGAAUGACUUUUCCAAAUCCAUUGUGGAGGCCCGUCUAAAGGAAAUAGGGAAGCUGAAUCAGUGUCUACAGGUUGCAGUGAGAGAGGGGGACCCUCAGGCUGUGCAGGCAGUGUGUGCGACCCAGUGGAGUUUCUGUCUCCCACUGUUGCAGCACAGUGUACGCAAACAUGUGAAGACACCCUUGUCCCGGGUGGCCCAAGCACUGGAAGAUAUGCGAUGUAUGCUGUUCCCAGUCCGAUGUCUGGUCCAUGCAGAGCUUGCAGUGAUUGAAGAAGAGGAUGGACUCCUUGAGGCCUCGAUCACUCACCUCCAAAAAGCCAUGCUGUUGGAUAACGGCACCCAAAAAGAAAGAUUGUUGUCAGCUUUCCACCUCCUACAGCUCCGAAGAGACCUCUAUCAAACGCCCUCUUGCAACGAGGAUAAAGCCGCUAUGCUCAUGCAGCAGGUCAAGGACAUGCAAACCCAGCAAGAUACAGACUGUCGUCCCUUACUGCUGACUGUGGGUCAACUGUUGGCUCCUGCUGAUUUCCAGAUGGUGCUGAAUGGAGAGAGCACUCCUAAAUUUACCAAAGCAAGUGUUGGAUGUGGGCCAAUAGUUCAGCUCUCUGCUGAGGCUCAGCAUUACUAUGCAGCUGUACAGAAGUUGGACGGAUACCUGGAUCGACAAGGAGAAAAUGCUGACAACACAGAGAGACUGAGGCUGUGGGCAACACUUGCAAAGACGGCACGAAAACAGGAAGUCUGGGAUGUGUGCCGUGUCGCUUGUCGAUUCUGUUUGCUUUAUGAUGAGGGAAAAAUGAAGAUGCCCAAGUGUCACAAAUCUCGAUGCUCAGAGGAAGGGAGCUCUACUGAAACCGUCAGCAGUUGUGAAGAAACUCAGCCCUGUGUGAAGAAGUUGCGCCUUUUAGCCGAAAUAUGUUAUAUUACUGCUGAGGCUACUAUCCAAAAGCUAAAAAUGCAGGGUGUGCAGCUCAACAGCCCUGCAGUCCUUCCACAGGAUGGAGGUGUUUCUGAAGACGAUCCACACUGGAUUACUUAUAGAGACUGGAUCCAGUCUUUGUCUGCCUAUGCCUCCUCUACUUUCUUGCGUGCAGCUGAGCUUGGUGCACAGAUGAGGGAGCCUUGGAUUGUGGCAAAUGCGGCUAUUUACUUAUGGAACUACAACAGGCACUUGCUGAUUGCUGGAGACUAUAAAUGUCUCAUCCCCACCUUCCAAAGCCUGGUAGAGUUGCUCCAAAAAACAGAGUGCAUUAGUAACCGUGCGCUGUUGGUGCUCCUGUGUGACGUUGUGGCUCGAGGUUUGAUCCAGCAUCUGCUGGUAGCUGACAAUGUGGAGCAAGCCCCUCAACAAGACAAGGGCAAAUUCAAAAUGACCAGUCUCCAAGCUGGUGUGCUUGACACUGAUAAUCUCCACAAUGUCCAAAAAGCACGAGAGCUGUGUGACUACUCCCUGUCCAUAUCCAACUGCAACACCCGAGGGGAGAAAGUCCCAAUUGCUGUGCAGAAGCAAGUAGUGGCCACCUGGGUGCAGAUCAAGAGCCUCCUGCAGCAGCAGCCUGGCUCAGGUAUCGACAUGGAUGAAAAGAGUGAAGAAAUGUCGCCUCUGACACGUGUGCUGAUUCAAGUGGAGAUGCUCCAGUCCAAUAAGAAUCCCAGUAACUUGGAGAGUUGUGAUCCCGGUCUCUCAACACUGGUGAGCAUGGUGUCGAAUGCCAAAUGGACCGAUGCUGUGGUGGAGUUGCAGAUAUGGUGUCAGCUUGCGACAUUCUGCCACCAUGCUAAGGAGUACGGCUUGGUGCGGAGCUGCGCUGAAAAUGCGAUGCAGCUGGAGGAUGCAGCAGCAAGCUGCCUCAACACCACACCUUGCCUCUUGUACGGCUUAUCUGCAGUAAAUGAAAUGCUGAGCAGUGCUGCCUGUCUGAGGGGCUUGAGCACAAUCCAUGAUUCCAUUGGAGAUUUACAUAUUUACAGGGCAGGCAUGGACAUCCUUCUGUCUAGUGUCAGGUAUGCAAAGAAGGCUGGACAUCCAGAGCUAUGUCGUACAGCUGCAAGACAUUACUGGAAUGCUUGCCUACCUCUAACACAGUCACCUGAGGAAAGACACCAAUUGAGAGAGCCACUGGAAGAAAUUCUCAAUGCUCUCAUCCACACUCAUACUAAAUAUGCAACUGACAAAGUAAAAGGUUUGCAGACAUCGGCAGCAGUCCCUCCUGGGAAUUCCAAACCUGAAGCACCAAGUAAGAGCUACAAGGAUCCCGGCAUGGUGUACAUGUAUGAAGAAGCCCUAACCCUGAGAUCAUCGAUUUACUGUCUGUUGCUUCAAGUACACAUAGAUAGAACAGACUGGAACGGUGCUCUCCAGCUGCUGGAUAAUGCUGUUAGAGAUAUGCCUUCAACCAAACACAGACUACCUCUGCUGAAAUACCGCAUACAGAUGAAAGCACGGCUGGGGGAAAGUGUAUUGAUGGACAUGCAGACGUUGCAAGGCAGAGAAGAGCAUCAUUGUUCAUUUAUGUGGAACAAAGUAGCGCGGUGUUCUUGCAAUACAACACAGCAACUGGACUGUUUUCGGAAAUCUGUCACCUAUUUCUUGAGUGAAGAAAAUCAAUGGCAAAAAGUCGGCUUCAUGCUAGAAUUUGGGGCAUGGCUUUACUGUCAUAAUUUCCCUAAAGAGGAUGCUCAGCACCAGGUUCAGUGGGCUGUUGACAUUCUCCUUCACUUGGAAACAGAGAGGUCAGAAAAGCCAGAGGACGAGUGUCAGGAGUUGGAUGAGAGCUCAGUGACAUGUGACACUCUGGCUGUUGUCCAAGGGCUGUCAUUCACACAAAGCGUAUCCAGUCUGAAGGAGGUGCAACGCCUAAACAGUUUGGUACAAGCACACACGCUGCUUGCUGUCAUGGCAGACAGGAAUUCACCCGAGCACCAGAUUAACCUACUUAGAGCUUACGACUUUGUACUGCAAAUGUGGAAUGUGUCAAUGACAGUUUGUGUGAUUCCCAGUGAGCAUGCAAAACGUCAGUCACCUCAUUCUCCCGCUGCUGCUGCCGGGCCAAAAAAAGAAAAGGGCAAAGGCAAAAAAGCGAAAGAUGCUGCUCCCGCAGAGGUGAAACCCAAAGCUCCCUUGGAUACAAUACUUCCGACUAAUCUGGAGUAUUGGGUUAAAUACACUUGUUCUGAUCAGGUCCGUUACAUGUUUAAAACCACCUGUAACCCCCAGUGCAUCAGUAUUCAUAGCAUAACAAAGCAGGCCCAGAGCUUAUAUUAUCUUAACCUUCUGGAAAAGGAGCUCCAUUCGCUUUCACUCAGCCACCUGACGCUACCCAUAAUGCACCUAGCUGAGACAAUUGCUUAUGACCUUUUGGACAGGAGGAGCCUCUCUGACCUAUAUCGACUCAGAAUUGUGAGGACCUGCAGUCAGCUUGGCAUGGAGACACAUUCCCCGUACCACGAAAGUCUCUUGAAUCUGAUUAAAAUACAAGAACAAGAACAAAUCGGGUGCCACAGGGCCAUCAUUCUUUUACAGGAGAGAAGAGGCCUCUGCAAACCGUGUAAUCAGAAAGAUGGACUGGAUGAAAAGUCUGAGCCACCUCUACAGACGAGGAAUUUGUUUCCUCUGGAUAUUUGGGUGGACAAAGCCGAGGUUUGCCUGGCAAUGGGGCUGUACCAAGGAGCCAGGCAGCUCCUGGCAGAAGCCCAGUUGGUAGCAUCAGAGUUUGAAGACCAGACAGUAAUGGCAAGAAUCUUGCUCAAUAUGGCUGCUCUGGCUUGUGAUGAACAGACCUAUGCCCAGGCUCUGUACCUUCUGGACAAGGCCCAAGCAUUUGGCGGCGAUGAGUACUUCUGGUACAAGUUCACUCUCACAAAGGUCUCCGCUGUAGUAGGUCAGAGACAACAGGAUGCACAAGCUAAGAUUGAUCAGAUUAUAAAGCAUGGCUGUGAAGCUCUAAAACAGGUUCUGGAGCAACGGAUAAACCGAGUCUCAGAGAUCACCUUCUUACUCACAUCCUUAGAAAUGAGGGGUGCUACUGAGUGUAUACAUUCCAUUUUUGACAAUCGUUCUGGAGAUGCAUGUUGCACGGAGGACAUCCAAACGGUGAUAACUGCUUGCGAGACGCUCAGACAGUGUGCAAGAGUUUUCACUCAACUCAACUACAAAGACCAUGCUGCAAGGAGCAAUGAAGAGUGCACACAUGGUCUGAGAUUCCUGGCAAACAAAGCGACAGACAACAAGGAAAAGCAACGCUUCCUGAUUGAUGGACUCUCCUGCAUGUAUUCAGCUAUCUCUGAGCAAGAACGGGUGGUUUUGAAUGCUCAGGCCCUGCUCCAGCUGGAAGAGGAGGGUUCUGGAGUUCUAUUGUCACCCACUUGGACACUGCUGCGCCUGCGCCUCACCCUGGUAGAUGUUUGCUUGGCAAUACUGGAGGAGCAAUGUGAAGAAUUGAUAAACCGAGGCCUGGCCAAGGACAAGACCAUUGCUGAGAUAGCAAUUGAGGAUUUUAUGCGCAGUAUACCUGAACCCAACUCCAUUGAACAGGAGUGGAUGAAUGUGAGCAGCACAUUGGGUCAGAUGGCUUUGGGCCAGCUGGCUGCAGUGAGCUCUUCUUCCGUAGACAGCAUGGAGGUGAGAGCUCACUGCUUGACUUUGAUGGGAAAGACCCUGAGACUGCUGGCUGUGCAGGAGGAUCCUGUUUAUCUGUCUUCUCUCUGGGACAGAGACAUUCAGCAGGAAUGUUUGAGUGACCCGAAUGACACGGAGGAAAAUAAUUCCGAGAAAGACAGCACUUUAAGCAGUGAAGAGUUAAAGAUGACCUCUGCCAAAAGCGCUGAGCAGCAGCGAAAGAGACAAAAAGCGGAGAAGCUUUUGGCCCAAGCCAGCAACGUAUUGUCUGAAGCUGUGACCUUGUGUCUUGAGCACAAGUUGUCAGCCUCCAUUCUAAGCAACGCCUCUCUCAAUAUGCUGAAUUGUCAUGGCCAGUCAGAUCAUGAACUGGCAGGUCAAUAUCUCGCCUUGUUUCAGAGUGCUUGUACUGUUAAAGUAAUGGCUGAAGUCUUAAGUUCAGCCUGUGCUGACACCAGUGUGUCCCAGCUCGCAGCUCUACUCAGCCUUCACAAAAAACUCUAUGUCUCUGAAGAGGGGAGGCCCACUAGAACGCUGGAAGGAGUGAAACAUUCCCUGAACGCCAUCUCCAAGGCCUUCUCUCAGCUUACCAUCAAUCCCAACCACUUGAACCUUGUUGCAGAACUUGUGCCUGACUUGAAGAUUAUUUUACUUCAGCACUCUGACGACGGGUCAGAACUUUAUGGAGCUUUUUACAGCACGACGGAAGCUCCAGAAGAUCAAAAAGGGAAGACUUCACAAAGUUCCGUGACAUGCUCUAGCGUGGCCAAGGUUUCUGUCUGCCCAAGGGCUCUGCUUGCACUUCAGGAGCAGACCCGGGCCUUUGACCAAGAGACAAGACAUGCCCUUCUGAAGGAGGCCUUUUUAUAUGAGGGAAGAGGUGAAGAAGACCCUGAAGAGCAUCACAUUUCUGAUUCAAAAACUGAUGCAGAAAACGUGUUGACACUUCACUUCAGAGAAAUUGUUCAGCAAAUGGAGGAAUAUUUGAAUCCCCUCCUUACUCAGUUGGACUUCUCUUGUUUGAGUUCCCAAGAGUCAUCUGAACCAAUCUCUGAAGAGAUCCAAAGCACAAUGGAAGAAAAAGUACCAUCAGCCAAAGAAAACACAUCACCUCAACCAGGAGAGUUUGUGGUGUUGCUAGCUGACUGGAAGUUGAUGGAGUUGCCAUUGGAGGCUUUGUCUGUCCUUCAGGGAAACCUUAUAAGCUCUGUGUCACGAGACUUCUCACUACAGCUGCUCCACAAUCGUAUGCAAAGAGAAGAGACAACCAAAGCAGUGGAAAAGGAAUCCAAAGGUGGUAAAGGCAUUAAGGGGAAAGCCGAUCAAAGCCAACCCAUCAAAGCAAUGGCAACCAGUCAUGCUCUACCUGCUCACACCUUCCCAGUGGACACACGGAAGUUGAAAUGCAUCUUUAAUGACAAAGAUAUCAUCCACACUUCUAGCAACUUUGAAGGGACCACUCUUGGUGAGAAGACGAAGAUGAAGUGGGAAGCUCGGGGCCAGCAUUUUAACCCUCUGUUAGCAGGCUUUGUGGGCAUCAAACAAACUCCCAGUUUGAGUGAGAUAGAGAAGAUACUGUGCAGAUGCAGUGGGUUCAUGUACCUGGGAAUGGAACGCUUUUGGGCUCACAUUACACCUGCUAAACUCGCGGCCCUCAAUCUGUCAGAGUGCCAGAUGGUUGUCCUCUUUGAUCUGGUCCAGUGCAACACCAAAGGCCAGCACUUCUCAAACUUUGACAUUCACAAAAGGGCUGGACGGUGCACCUUCGAGAAACCCUUGGAGGUCGCUCUGUUGAUGAGCUUGAUUGGUGUCGGUUGUAUUGUCCUCAAUCAGUGGCACAGCAGCCUUGAACAGAACUCUCAGUACAUGACUAACUUUUUGGAUGAUUUUCUGAGCCUCAAACAGACAUCUGGGCAGACUGUCCAUUUCCUUAGGCGGGAUAUUCACUCUGCAGAAAUAUCACAUGACCACAAGGACACUGGAUUAAAUGAUCACUCUGGUGUCAGUGACCCGAAAGAAGAUAUUCAGCACAAACCUGUUCUGAGACCUGCAGCCUUCAACUGCAUCCUUUAUGGACUCCCUCUCAUAAUCGGCACAUGAAAACAGGUCGCGGGGGGAUGCUGGAGCCUAUCCCAGCUGACUUUGGACACAUAGACAAACACUGACCGUCCAUAUGGACAAUUUAGAGUCACCAUGUUUUUGGAAUUUGGGAGGAAAGCGGAGUACCUGUAGAAAACCCACGCACGUACGGGAGAACAGGCAAACUCCACAAAGAGAUGCAAGCGAAGAUUUGAAACCAGGUCUCCUGACUGUGUGGCCAACAUGCUAACCACUCGGCCACCGUGUGGCCCCGACGGUUU